AAAACAUAAAAUAAAAAGACUUGACCUUUACUUCAAAGCCGUCGCUUUUGAGACUUGAGCCUGCUAUUUCUGCUUCAGUUUCAGCAAAAGCUCUUGUAUUUUCGCUCUCUUCAUUCUUCAGGAUUCAUACACAGGCCCAAUGUCACUCACCCAACAUCUCUCCACCUCUAUCUCAUUUUCUUCCUCUUCUUUUUUAUCUUCUUCAGGCUUUACCUUUAGGAACCGGGAUGUGUCGCUUCCCUCGGAAAAUUUUGGGAUUUGUAGGUGUGUAGCAACCCCUCAGGAAGAGAAGACUACCUACAAGACAAAGGUUUCUCGCAACGCAAACAUGGCCAAGCUUCAAGCUGGGUACCUGUUUCCAGAGAUCGCUCGGAAGAGGAAUGCCCACUUGCAGAAAUACCCUGAUUCAAAAGUGAUAAGCCUUGGAAUUGGUGAUACCACUGAGCCCAUUCCAGAAGUCAUAACUUCUGCAAUGGCAAAGAGAUCACAAGCAUUGUCCACCCUAGAGGGUUACAGUGGUUAUGGAGCUGAACAAGGUGAAAAACCAUUGAGAGCUGCAAUUGCUUCGACAUUUUAUGGAGACCUUGGUAUUGAAGAAGAUGAUAUAUUUGUCUCUGAUGGUGCGAAAUGUGACAUAUCCCGCCUUCAGGUUCUUUUUGGGUCUGAAGUCACUAUUGCAGUGCAAGAUCCAUCAUACCCGGCUUAUGUGGACUCAAGUGUCAUCAUAGGCCAGACAGGAUUUUAUGAGAAGGAUGCAGAGAAAUAUGGAAAGAUUGAAUACAUGAGGUGUAAUCCUGAGAAUGGCUUCUUUCCUGAUUUACCUAAGGUCUCCAGAGCAGAUAUCAUAUUGUUUUGUUCACCAAACAAUCCUACUGGUUCUGCUGCAACAAGAGAGCAGCUGACACGACUAGUACAGUUUGCCAAGGAAAAAGGGUCAAUCAUUGUCUAUGAUUCAGCAUAUGCAAUGUAUAUAACUGAUGAUAAGCCAAGAUCCAUAUUUGAAAUUCCUGGAGCCAAAGAGGUUGCACUUGAGACGGCAUCAUUUAGCAAGUAUGCUGGGUUUACUGGAGUCCGUCUAGGUUGGACUGUGAUUCCGAAAGAGCUUCUCUUUUCAGAUGGCUUUCCCGUUGCCAAGGACUUCAACCGAAUUGUUUGUACCUGCUUUAAUGGUGCAUCCAAUGUUGUCCAAGCUGGUGGUCUGGCUUGCCUUUCACCAGAAGGCCGUAGCGCAAUGCAAAAGGUGGUUGGAUUUUACAAAGAAAAUGCUGAUAUUAUAAUGGAUACAUUUAAUUCACUUGGUUUCAACGUGUAUGGGGGGAGGAAUGCACCAUAUGUGUGGGUUCACUUCCCUGGACUUAGUUCAUGGGAUGUAUUUAGUGAGAUCCUUGAGAAGACUCAUGUUGUUACCACACCUGGUAGUGGAUUUGGACCUGGUGGUGAAGGUUUUAUCAGGGUUAGUGCUUUUGGUCAUAGGGACAAUGUUUUAGAGGCCUGCAGAAGGUUCAAGCAGCUGUACAAGUGAACCAGCAGAUUACUUUUCUAUCUGUAUUUCCUUUUUGGCCUGACGAUCAAUUUAGCUGCCUUUACUCUGUACGUUGAAGAAGAAAACUGAAAACAUGGUAGCAUUUGGUCCAAUAAGAUCUUAGCAGGAACUAGGAACUCUUCUUUCAAUGUAGUCUAUUUGUCAAUUCUUAAGGAAAAACUUUUUGGUACAGAAGGUGGAAUUAAAAGGAUUAUGAGGUGUUCCAUUCCAAAA